AGUUCCUAGUGUUAUGGAGAUGUUACAUGUUCAGUUUCAUGAUAAUGUAGACAACGGUUGUGAUCCUUUUGACACUUUCAAUUCCUUCAUGUCUGCUUAUUAUUUUGUGUAAUAAAUGUUCUAACCUAUCAAGGUUUGUCGUUAUAACAGGUAAGAGUGGAUAAGGUCAUUAUUAGCUUUGAAACUUGUAAAAAACAGAGUUUAUCGCAUACAUUGUUUGCUUUUAAAAAAAUAAAAUUUACUAUAGCAGAAAAGCAAAAUAAAAUAAAGGGAAGAAUAUAAAAUAAAUAAAUAAAGUGUAUUCUGCUUAUUAGCACCAUUGCUUUUUAUAGAAGCUUUCAGGAAAUAGUUUAGCUAUGGCUCAUUUUUCAAGAAAAGAAUUAGAUGAACUAAAGCCUCUUUUUGAAAAAACUGUGUAUAAAGUAACUGGAAGUAAUGAUUCCUCUCUAGUUAGUGCUAUUGGUCAGUGCUUACAUUCAGGAUAUGAAAAAAGGAAAGUCGUAGAUAAACUCUCAUUUCACAUAGAUUCUAAAAAGGCUACUCGACUCGCAGAAAAGAUAUUUGAUUUAAUUGAAGACAUGAAAGUUUCUAAUAGUUCAAGAAAGCGAUCUAGGUCGCGUGAAAGAGAAAAAGAGCGUGAUUCUAAGCGUUCUAAAGUACAUGGUUCAAGAGAUAGUGAUAAAAACCGAAAAAAUGAUUCAAAUAAAAGUUUUUCGAGCAGUGAGAUUAAGGAAAUGAUGCAACAUGCCCAAAAACAAAUAGAAGAACGUAAGAAAGCACUAGACAAUUUGAACACAAAAAAUGUUCCAAUUCCGCCCCCAAGUAUUUAUGGUAUACCAAUGGGUUUGUUAAAUAGAGGUGAUGCUGAUAAAGCAAGAAAAAUAGCUCAGUUACAAUCCCAAAUUAAAAACAAAUUGUCUGCUGGAAUUUUAGGGAAUGUUGUAAUUCAUGUCCCACAAGCUUCUGAGAAGCCAACACCACUCAUUUUGGAUGAUGAAGGGCGAACUGUGGAUAAAACAGGUAAAGCUGUUCAGUUGACACACAUUGCACCUACAUUAAAAGCUAACAUUAGAGCCAGAAAGAAACAAGAAUUCAAGGCUCAUCAACAUGACAAACCAGUUGAAGAGUCAGCAGAAACUAAAUUUAUUGAUCCACGAAUUGGAAUUAAACCACCCAUUAGAUCUAAAAGGAAUUUACGUUUUCAUGAACCUGGCAAGUUCCAACAGUUAGCUGAAAGGUUGAGAAUGAAGGCACAGUUAGAAAAACUACAAAAUGAAAUUUCUCAAAUUGCAAAAAAGACAGGUAUUUCUUCUGCUACAAAAUUGGCUUUAAUUGCUAAAACAGAAGGGGUCACUGAUGAAAUUCCUCAGAUGGAAUGGUGGGAUUCUGUUAUAUUAGAAGACGAACUGAAUACAAUAAAAAAUGGAAAAAUUGCAAUCAAAGAUCAUAUUAUUAGUAAUUUAGUAGAACAUCCAACCCAAAUGCGUUGUCCUACUGAUCCUUUGAAACCAGUUUAUAUGCCGGUCUUUUUAACUAAAAAAGAACGAAAAAAAUUACGUCGUCAAAAUAGAAGGGAAAUGUGGAAGGAGGAACAAGAAAAAAUACGACUGGGUUUGGUUGCUCCUCCAGAACCGAAACUCCGAAUAUCAAACUUAAUGAGAGUUUUGGGUACUGAAGCUGUUCAGGACCCUACCAAAGUAGAAGCUCAUGUGCGAGAACAGAUGGCAAAAAGACAAAAAGCUCACGAAGAUGCCAAUGCAGCCCGACAAUUAACAGCGGAACAGAAACGGCACAAAAAUAUUAAAAAAAUCAAAGAGGAUACCACAAACGGCGUUCACGUUUCUAUAUAUAGAAUUAGAGACUUAUUUGAGCUUGCCUCAAAGAAAUUUAAAAUCGAAACCAAUGCCAAACAACUUAUGAUGACUGGCUGUGUUGUGUUGUAUCCAGACUGUUGUGUUGUUGUCGUUGAAGGGGGCCCCAAGCAACAAAAAAAAUAUCGAAGGUUGAUGCUUCAUCGAAUAAAAUGGGAAGAAGAUAUUGUAAAGGAUCCAGAUGGAAGGGAAGUACCAAAUAAAUGCGUUCUCGUUUGGGAAGGUACGAGCAAGCAGCGCACUUUUGGUGAAUUGAAGUUUAAAGUUUGCCCUACUGAGAAAUUGGCUCGAGAACAUUUUAAAAAGCACAAAGUGGAACAUUACUGGGACCUGGCUUACAGCGGUGCUAUUCUUGAACCAGUUGUUGAAGGUGUAUAAUGAUACAAUAAAUUGUAGAAAUUAUGUAAAUACCUUUCUGAAUACACCCUAAACGCUUAAAAAUACAUACAUGUAGUCUUUAUAAUAUCAUAAAUAAUACAAUGAUUAAAGAGAUGUAAAAUUUACUUUGUUACAAUAUAAUUAAUAAAUCAUCCUA